AUGGCGCACCAACGCCGCAAGACGCGGGCCCGAAAGCUGCACGCGUUGAGACCAAAGGCAAGCUGUAAAAGGGCCGAACAAGUUCAUCCCCAAGAGCCUUUGCAGCAGCAGCCUGUAGCUUUCCGGCAGCAGCGAGCGAGCAGCACAAGAGCUUCAUCUCCUCACAGUACUCCCAAAGUAAAGGCAAGGGUAAGGGGGUUUCCCGUGAUCCCGAAGCGUCAAAGCAUGCGUAUUCCUCGAAACACGGUUUGCCAAUACCCGCAAGAACAAAGUGAUGAUGGUAGCGAUGAUAGUGGUGCUGUGGAGACUGAGAUUAACCAUCCACGAGCAAGAGGGCACUCACGAUACAAGUGGCAUGGAUGA